AGUAUUAAAAAAAAACUUAAGAAAUACGAAUCUGUAAAUCAUCGUUUUGUGUAGAAAUUGAAGUUGGCCUUAUUCGUUAAACAUUGUGAAUCGCUUCAAAAACAAAAAGUCUUAUAGCUAGAUCCAGUAAUAAAAAUCAACAAAUUAGAUGAAUAACAAAUGAAUAUAAAUUCUAAAUGAGUCAUAUGUUUAGGUUGGGGGGCGUGCGCAGCUCGGGAGAAAGCGUUCAUUGAGCCUACGUCACUGCGUAUUGGUUCCGCUGCUCGUUUCUUAAUUUUUUACGCAAGCUGGGUCAUUUAUUUUAACUUGAUCGUUUUAGUUUUUACGGUACGAAGUUUUGUUUUAGCAUUGUGAUUUUGGGUCACGCAUAAAAAAACACGAAUGUCAAAAGACUCUUCGUUUUUAUCGGACUCCGAACCAAGCAACGCCACUAUCCGGCGAUGUAUUCUUUUGUUAACAAUUUCUUACCAAAGCUAUUUCUCAUCUGUGUUAUUUUUUAAUUAACGCGAUUGUUAUCAAAAAAUAAAUCGAUGUUGUCUUCAUUAGAAAACGACGUAUGACGUAUAUGUGGUCGUGUGCGUAUCACGUGAAACGUCGGUCACUAGGCAACGACCGCGUAGCUGACGUUCUACAAAACAACAAACAUUCGUUUGACGAGCCGCUGGAUGAGACGGUUGCGAUCUUCAGACUUGCCUUUACAUUUCUUGACUUUUAUUGAACAGUUCAUUUCGUUAAUUCAUUCGUUGAACAAUACAUUUUCAUCUGAAUUACUGUGUGUGUCCUGUAUUUUGUCUUGUUUUAACAUUUCUUGCGAGUUGGUUAUUUUUACAGGUCAGAUGACAUCGUUCGUCGGAGGAAGCUGUCGUGCGGCUGGCGUACCGAGGGACCAGAUCGCCUCGUUGUUCGUGGGGGACCUUCAUCCAGAAGUGUCCGAGUUCGAUCUCCAUCAGACGUUCAGCCCGUUCGGUCCGAUCCAGUCCGUGCGGGUCUGCAGAGACAGGUUGACUCGGCGAUCCCUGCGGUAUGGUUAUGUUAACUUUGUUAACCUCGCCAAUGGUAAGUUGUCUCUCCAUUCUUCACCUUGACAUCUUGGUAAACACAUUUUGAAUUGAAAUUUACAGCCUCGUGUAUUUUCCUGCUCGAAGUUGUUUCCUGUAAAUCGUCUUUAAAUUGAGCUCCGUGACGUGUGCCGUAUAAAUAAACUUGCAAUGUCUUGUCUCUUAUCAACUCUUGUCUUUCAGCCGAGAGUGCCAUGGACAACCUGAUGUGCCAGGAUCUUCUGGGCAGACCCAUGCGGAUCAUGUUCUCCCAGCGUGAUUCCACGCUGCGGACGACUGGGGUCGGGAACAUCUUCGUCAAGGGUCUGGCCAGCAGCAUCGAUGGUGCCCGCCUUCAUGACAGCUUCUCGAUUUUUGGGAAGAUCCUGUCCUGCAAGGUGGUCUGCGAUGCGAACGGAUCCAAAGGUUACGGAUUCGUCCACUUUGCCACCUUCGAAGCGGCAGAGAAGGCCAUCAAAGCGCUUGAUGGCAUGUUGUUGGACGACCAGCUAGUGUCCAUUGGCCACUUUAAGACCUUUGAAGAGCGUCGCGUUGAGCCGCAGGUCGUGGCUCAGGACAACGAGCGGCGCUACCCGGUACCCAAACCCUUUGAUCACUUAACAAAUCUUCAGUGA